AUGCUCGAGCAGUCUUGUAGCCUGCCACCUGGCGGCACAGAGCUUGGACAACAAGGAAUCUUCCAUGACGGAAAGUCUUACAGCUUUGACGAGAAGGCGAAUGGCUACGCCCGCGGUGAGGGUAUCGCCGUUGUCAUCCUUAAGAGAGUAUCCGAUGCCAUCAGAGACGGUAACACUAUCCGUGGGAUCAUCAGAAAUAUUGGAUGCAACCAGGAUGGCAAAAGUCCCGGCGUCACGAUGCCAACUGCAGAAGCGCAGUCGAGCCUCAUGAACCGUCUGUACACCGAAGCCGGUCUCGAUCCAGGCGCGACCAGGUACUUCGAGGCACACGCCACGGGUACUGCUGUUGGAGACCCUAUCGAGAUGAGUGCUAUUAACUCAGUCUUCUCCAAGCGCCUUUCUGCUGAAAAUCCGAUGUAUGUCGGUUCCGUCAAGACGAACGUGGGCCAUCUUGAGGGCGCUGCAGGCCUUGCUGGCUUGCUGAAGUCCGUUUACAUCCUCGAGAGUGGCAUUAUUCCCAAGAACCUGUGGUUUGAAAAGUGGAAUCCCCAAGUACAGUUGGAUGAGAGCUUAUUCUUGGUUCCCACGACUGCCGUACCCUGGCCAGACAACACACCCCGAAGAAUCUCUCUGAACAGCUUUGGUAUAGGAGAUGUGCUGUCCAUGAACACGGAGAAGUUGAACAUUGAGACUCCUGCCUUAAGCCAUCCGACGGUGACCGCUCUGCAGGUUGCUCUCGUCGACCUUCUCCACAGCUGGUCAGCAGCACCGCAUGCUGUUAUCGGUCACUCCUCUGGCGAGAUUGCAGCAGCUUAUGCAUCUUCGGCCAUCUCUAGAGAGAGUGCGUGGAAGAUUGCUUACCACCGGGGCCGUCUAUCUUCUACAAUCAGUACGGGGGCCAUGAUUGCAGUCAGCCUUGGGAGAGAGGAAGCCAAGACUUAUGUCGAGAAAGUCAACCAACAAGACAGCGAAGGUCAUGUCACGAUUGCUUGCAUAAACAGCCCGAAGAGCGUCACCAUUAGUGGCAGUGCCAAAGCAAUUGACUUGCUCUCAUCCCUCCUGGACUCAGAUGGUAUCUUCGGCCGAAAGUUGAGGGUUGUCAAUGCCUACCAUUCUUCUCACAUGGACCCCAUUGCGGAGGAAUACGCCAGUAGCAUCGGAACCAUUGAGCCAGGGACGGCCCUAAAAGGAGCAUCAGUUCCGAAGUUCUUUUCCUCAUACCUGGGAAGGCAAGCAUCAGCUCAAGACCUACUGGAUCCGGCAUAUUGGGUUGGCAACCUGCUGUCGCCAGUGGAAUUCAGCGAUGGCCUGCAAGCCAUGAUGGGCGACUCGGUAGAUGAUGCAUCGACGUCAAAGAAGGCAGCAAUUGGUCUUCUCGUUGAAGUUGGCCCACAUUCAGUUCUCCAGUCUCCUAUUCGUGAUAUCCUACAAAUCACAUCUGGGGUCAAGGACGUCACUUACACGUCUAUGCUCAUCAGAAAUCGCCCAGCAGACGGCACAGCCCUCGAAGCGGCAGGCUAUCUGUUCUGCCGAGGGUAUCAACUCGACAUGUCUGCUGUAAUUUCCAGCACGACUGGGAACACUGCGCUCAAAAUGCUUGUCGACCUCCCCGCAUACCCGUUUGACCAUUCAACGGUUUACUGGAACGAAAGUCGACUGAGCAAGAACUAUCGGUUCCGCAAGCACCCACGCCAUGAUCUCCUGGGUUCCCCAGUUCCAGAUUGGAAUCCCUCAAAUGCCAUAUGGGGACAUUUCAUUCGAGCCAGAGAGAACCCAUGGGUCAAAGACCACGUCAUCACGGGCAGCACUCUUUAUCCAGCUGCCGGAAUGCUGGUAAUGGCAAUUGAAGCUUGUAAGCAAUUGGUUGACCCUGCUCUCAAGCUAGCUGGUUUCCGAUUCAAAGACGUCUCAUUCCAUACUGCCCUUGAUAUCCCGGAAGAUGCGGAGGGAAUCGAAACCCGAUUCCAUCUUCGCCCUCUCUGGGAGGGAACGUCAAGUCAGUCCGCGACAUGGAGUGAGUUCGAACUUUGGAGCUACCAAAACGACGAAUGGCGGAAUCACUGCCGUGGCUGGAUUCAAGCCGACAUCGACUCAAGCCAUACCAUUGUGGACGGUGGUCUAGAGCAGGUGAAGUUCGAGGAGACUUGCGCAAAGGUCGUGGAAGAUUCCGACAAGACCUGCCUUGACCCUCUCACUCAUGACCAAGUGUACGAGGCUUUUGAUUUGGCCGGCCUGAACUAUGGCCCUUCUUUCCGAAACCUGUCAGAUGUUAGUGUUGGGCCGUCUACCCUGGCAGCAAUGACUCUUACAUCGCCGGAUCUGGUACCUAUAAUGCCAUACGGCUUUACUCACCCCCACGUUAUCCAUCCCACGAGCCUCGACAGUGCCAUAUCGGGCGCCUUUAUCGCACUGCAUCGGGGUGGUGCGGAAGGCGACAUGCAAGCCGCUGUGCCAACAUCGAUCAAAGAGAUGUGGAUUGCUUCAAGUCAGAAUGAAACCACUCCGCUGCAAUCGAUGCGACUCUCUGCUGGUACCAUAGACAAAGGAGCCAGAAAGUUUGAGGCGGAGUUGAUCGGAGUUGAUCCCCAAUCUCGAAAGCCUCUUCUCACGGUCAAGGGGCUUGUAUGCACCUCCAUCGCCCACGGCGAAACGACCUCAUCCGAUACCAACACAUGCUACAACGUCGACUGGAGACCAGAUGCUACCCUUUUGAAGCAAGAAAAUGCUUUGCGGGGACUCAAUAUCUCGGAUUCGCUUCUCGAUCCCAACGAGUCUGCCAUCUGUUCCGACACACAUGCUCUCGUUUAUGCAUACCUGAAGCGUUAUUUGAAGUCUCAUAGUGCUGAAAGCGUUGACUCGACGAAGUCUCAUUAUCAGAAGUACUUGACUUGGGCUCAACGCUUCAUUGCCAACCGUGAGGGGCGUGCACUCAACCGCGAGAAGCUCGAUUACUCCGACGAGGCUAUCGCUACUCUGGAGACUAAACUGGACAACUCAAGUGCUGGAGGACGAUUGACGGUUGGCGUUGGACGAGUACUGCCCGACAUUCUUUCUGGCGCACGGGACCCGCUCCAAGUUCUCUUCACUGACCAACUUGCUGAGAACAUCUACCACCGACCCUACAGCUCUGCCAUCAUCGGAAACUACAUGCGCACACUGGCACACAAGAACCCACACAUGCAAAUCCUUGAGGUUGGAGCUGGUACGGGAGCAACUACCGGCCCGGUUCUUGAAGCACUCACUCGAGACGGGAAGCCGCUUUUUGGGAGAUAUGAUUUCACGGAUCUUUCACCUGCCUUCCUUGCCAAAGCCGAGCAGAACUUCCAGAGCACUGCACACAAGAUGGGAUUCGCCACACUUAACAUCGAGCAAGAUCCCCUGGCUCAGGACUUUGAGCAAGAGCAGUACGACGUCAUCAUUGCUUCCAACGUCAUUCACGCCACCAGAAGCAUCCAUGAGACAUUGCGCAACAUACGCCUUCUUCUGAAGCCCGGUGGAAAAUUCAUACUAUUUGAGGUCACCAACCUGGAUACAUAUGGCAACUUCUCGUUCGGAUUGCUUCCGGGCUGGUGGCUGAGUACGGAAGAGUAUCGAAAAGAUGGCCCACUCCUGACAGUUGAAGGCUGGGACUCGCAUCUCAAAGACAGCGGCUUCGGUGGUAUCGACCUCUGUUUCGAUGACGGUCUCGCGCCCGCAGAGUUCAACGUCAUGAUUGGCACUGCCAGGCCUGCAGAGACUCAGAAGUCUGAAGACGACUCAGUUAGCAUCAUUGUUGACGAUCGAUGUGCUUUACAACAGAGUCUGGCGAGCCAACUUCGAACUGCUCUGUCAUCUGGCGGUUCAAAUGUUCCCGUUGAAAUAGUCAAGUUGGUGGAUUUGAGCACAGCCAAUCUCGAGCGAAAGACAUGCAUCUUCCUCCCAGAGCUCUUUGAGUCUGUUCUUGCUAAACCCAACGAAAAGGUUUUCAGCGGGAUCAAAAACAUGUGCGGAUCGGCUCGUGCUAUCUUGUGGGUUGUUCAAGGAGGAGGUGUUGCCCCAACCAACCCCACCGCCGAUAUGGUACUCGGGUUUGCGCGAACCAUGAGAAUGGAGAAUGCAGCUCGAUUCCUCACCUUGAGCCUUUCCAGCCUGCCUCCCUUGGAGGACUGCCGGCAUGCCGCCGACACGAUUCUGCAGUUCGUCAAUGAGAAGCUUCUCGCUUCUGACACUUCCCCUCUUGUCGACCAUGCUUUCUGCGAACACGAUGGACUCAUCAUGAUUCCCCGACUCGUCACUGGUUCCGGUUUGUUCGGUGGCAAUGGCUCUAAGGCACUUUCUGGUCGCAACGCCGAGCCGGAGCCAACCGUCUUUGGAGCCAGUCCUGAACGGGCAUUGAUGUUGGAAGUCGCAACUCCUGGACUUCUUGACUCAAUGCGCUUCGUUGACGAUGAUAUCUACGGCCGUCCUCUGGGUGAAGGCGAAGUUGAGUUCCGUAUCAUGGCUGCUGGUCAAAACUUCCGGCAUCUUCUGCAUGCCCUGGGUCAACUCCCAAACAGCGCCAACGGUGCCGAAGCCGCCGGUAUUGUAACUCGGACGGGUCCAAACACCCCCUUCACUGUUGGUGAUCGUGUUUUCGGCUGCCAUCAGAGACUUUUCGGUACCUUUGCUCGAGGUCCUCACCACUGCUUGGCCCCGAUCCCGUCUCAGCUAUCCUUCUGCGAAGCUGCGGCUAUCCCGAUCGUCUUCAUGACGGCGUACAUGGCCCUCUACGACUACGCGCGCAUUCAAAGGGGGGAGACAGUGCUUAUUCACUCGGCCGCUGGAGGUCUCGGCCAAGCAUGUAUUCAGCUGGCGCAGCUCGCGGGCGCCGAGGUCUUUGCAACUGUCGGCUCCCUCGAUAAACGAGAUCUUCUUGUCAAGACCUACGGUAUACCGGCCGAUCACAUCUUCUCCAGUCGCGACCUGAGCUUCGCCCGCGGUAUCAUGCGGAUGACUGGCGGAAAGGGAGUUGAUGUUGCAGUGAACUCACUAUCCGGGGCCGCGUUACGUGCCACUUGGGAGUGUCUGACAUCGUUCGGUCGUUUCGCCGAGUGCGGCAAAAAGGAUGUCCUGGCUGCAGCAACGCUUCCGAUGCACCAGUUCCUCAGAAACGUCAGCUUCCGUUUGAUCGAUCUUGAGAUGCUGGUCAUGGAGAAGAAGGAGCAAGCUGGGCGCUUGAUGAGAGAUGUGAUGCAGCUCGUGGCUGAAGGUUCUAUCAAGAGCAUCCAGCCACUUCAUGUCUUCCCUUACUCCCAAGUCCAGGAGUCUUACAAGUUCAUGCAGUCUGGAAAACAUUUUGGAAAGAUUGUCCUCGAAUCACGACCUGACGAUGUAGUGAUGGCCACACCGUCACAGAAAGCAUCAUGGACAUUCAGUUCAGAUGCUACCUACGUAAUAUCCGGCGGAUUGGGAGGUAUUGGGCGCGGGAUCGCUAGGUGGAUGACCAAGCGCGGAGCUCGAAACUUGGUUCUUCUUUCGCGAACGGGUCCUACGCGAAAGUCAGCUCAAGCGCUGAUGGCUGAUCUGAAGUCAAAGGGAGUCACGGUUUCCUGUCCAGCAGCGGACGUUACAGACGCAGCAGCGCUAAGAAAGGCGCUUGAUGAUGUCUCAGCAGAAAUGCCCCCAGUCAGGGGUUGCAUCCAGGCUGCCAUGGUGCUCAAGGCUACCCUAUUCGCAAAUAUGUCAGUAAAGGACUACAUGACUUGCGUUGAUCCAAAGCUGCAAGGCUCGUUGAACUUGCAAGAGAUGCUGCCCUCAACCAUGGACUUCUUCGUCCUUCUUUCAUCUUUUGCGGGUCUCAUCGGUGAACCGGGCGAAGCCAAUUAUGCUGCUGGUAAUACUUACCAAGACUCUCUGGCUCGCCAUCUAGUUUCUAAGGGCCAGAAGGCUGUUGCGAUCGACCUUGGCAUGAUGGGUUCAAUUGGGUACGUUGCUGAAAGUCUUGACAGAGCAGCGCAGCUGGAGCACAUUGGUCUCGACGCCAUGAGACCCCAUGAGCUAUACAACAUCCUCGACGAAGUCUGUGAUCCUAGCGUUCCUCUACCCUCUACCCUGGAGUCCCAAGCGGUCUUCGGUGUUCCUAAGUUCCAGGAUCCUCGAUCGCUGAAUGGCAGAACACCUCUAUGGAAGCGAGACCCCAUUUUCAUUCACCUUCGACCUUCAGAUGACAACUCCGAGCAAGUUAAUGGCGAUCUUGGGGAUGAGACCCUGAGCUCCCGGCGUCUCCUCAGCUCUGCCGAAUCGCCUGAGGCAGCAGUCGAGGUCGUCAUACAGGGACUUGCUCAAAAGAUCUGGAACAUACUCAAUGCGGAUGUACAAGUCGAUCUGUCUGCUCCACUGCAUUCGUAUGGUGUUGAUUCUCUUGUUGCGAUUGAGCUACGGUCAUGGAUUGUCAACGAGAUGGGUGCGGAGAUGACCAUCUUUGAGCUGAUGGGCAGUGGCGGGCUUGAUGUUCUGGCGCCUCUGGUUGUUAAGAGAAGUGCUUUCGUGUCGGUGAAGGGUUGA